UGACGCAUUUCCUCUCGGACAUUUGAAAGCUGUAUUGUCAUUCUUCAUGCAAUUUAGCAAUCUUAGCUAAUGUGGCAUUCUAAGUUAUUAUCUAAACAUAAAGAGUACGUUUCUACCACUACCAUUUAUCCGAAUGAAAGAGACUCGUUAAACUAUAGGAGUCAAAAGACUACUUGUGUUUGUGAAGCAGUUAGCCUGCGGUGCAAUCGUUGGUUCACAGUCAGUGCUGGUAGCUAAUUAACGUUACCUAGCUAGCUAUCGCUAGUUUGCUUCUUGUUGAUUCAGGGCAAUUCCCUUUUUAUACCUUGGCCAUGGCGAGUGCUGCGAAUGCAAACAUCAAUGCAGUUCGGGAAACUAUGGACGUACUGCUGGAGAUAUCACGCCUAUUGAACACAGGCCUGGACAUGGAGUCAUUGUCCAUAUGUGUACGACUGUGUGAGCAGGGUAUCAAUCCAGAAGCGUUGUCAUCUGUUAUAAAGGAGCUCCGGAAAGCGUCAGAAAACUUAAAGACUACUGAAAACAGCACAAAUUAAGAAACCCUGAUCCCAUCAUGAAAGUCUUCUGCUCUUGACCUUUGUGUGAUGAAGUUAAUGCCUGUGGUAUUUUACCUCUAUACCUUAAUGUUCAAUAAGUGUAUGCCUAAAGCAUGUACAUAUGAAAAACGUUGUACAUAUUUGACCCUUUCUAUAUGUAUUAAAUUUGCUUUGAUAUGAAACCCAUCUAAUGUUUGCCUCUUUUUUUUUUUUUUAAAGUGUGAUGUUUUUUUUUAUUAUUAACAGCUUGUUAGAAUAAUAGGAUGUGUUGAAGUUUCCAUAGAACCUUUCAUAGAGAAAUUAAUCCUAGAUGAAUAUGUUCAUAACCUCCUCAAUCUACAUACAAACCUACACCCCUUCGCAUAAUUUAUAUUAGACAUGUUCCCUCUAACAUUUGUUACACCUAUAAUAUGUUGGUGAUUUGUAAUUGGUGUACAAUGUGGUAUAGCUGCAGUUAUAGCACAAAUGUCAAUUUGACAAAUGUUUGUAACGUAUUUUGCUGAUUUAACAUCCCUGUUUUGUGUGAGUGAUGUGGAGGAGCCUGUUUUUCUGUAAUGUUUUUCUCCUUGGACAGAUUGCUGGACUUCCAGCUGUGCUUUAAGGAGGAGAGAGGUUGUUGUGUCCUUGUUUCUCUGCCGUAAUAUGUAAUACGCAGCUCCUGUGGUGAGCUUGGAUCGUUGUGUUAAUGAGUCUGUAAUGAGAGGCCUUCUGGCCUGUCAGUCCCUCACUGCA